ACUACACCUCCCCUCACUAUAUAACCCGCAGAAUUCCCAGUUCUCCUACAUACGACUAUACGUCAUACUACUGUUUUCUCUGUCAAUGUCAAAAGCAUUGAAUAGCUCAGUGGGAGGUUUGGCGCUUACUACUGGGGACUGAUCACCCCCUUUGGUAUGUGGAUUAGUAAAGUGACAUGUGGACAGGGGAAGCCCACACCAUGGUAUACCUUGGAUGAACACAGCCUUCGGAGUCACUUGAAAGUCUACUGUUGCGGAGUUAGAGGAAGAGUGAGGGUGAAGGCGAUGAUAAAAAAGGUCACUGCCUGGCCUUCCGCGAGGGGAAUUAGCGUUAGCCUGUGCUUUCUAAGUUGGUUACAAGUAGUCGCCCUUUUAUUACCAACUACUCUCCAUCCUACUCUCGCCUUCUGGCUUACCGGAAUCGCAGUCGCACCCAGAUUGUCAAGCACCAGCUUGGCAGCCAAACUACUACCACCUGCAGCGGAAAGCCACACCCCGCACUCCAAAGAGACCCGCUGUGUUGUGCAGGAACAAACCCAAAGGUUCCUCGACUUGCCUGCCGAGUUGCGACUGAGGGUGUGCAAAUUCCUGCCAAACCGUACCAUCCGUACUAGAUAUGUGAAGCGCAGCAGCGACGGAACACCUGAGAGCAGCUUCACCCUCAUCACGUACACCGCGCCUACCGCUAUUCUGGCCACCUACAAGACCGUCAACAACGAAGCAGCAGCCCAAACGCCGACUUUGAGACCUCCCUGA